AUGUGGAAACGUAUCAGUUCCUUCCUUCUCCCUUGCUAUUUCGAGACGAAAUAUCAUAGACCUCGACAAACGGCCGCUGGUAUCGAAGAUGCACUACUUUUUGCCGAAAUCGGUUUAGUUUCUGAAGAUUGGGAUCACGGUUAA